CGCCAUCGCAGCAUCACACCCCUGAUCAAUCCGAUCGUCAUUGACCAGAAGGUCGAAAAGUCCCCGAUGUUGAGAUGGCAGCCGAUCCUCUGUCCCCGAUCGCGCCUGCGCGCAUUCGGGCCCUGCUUCUCCCCGUGGGUCGCAUCAAGCGUUCGCGAUACCUAGCUUUCGUCGACCUUUUGCAGCAGGAGUCGCUCGUGCGGCUGGGCGACGUAAGCCCUGAUCCUCGGCCUGACCGCAAUAUGUUUUCCCCUUUGGCAUGGCCUGACGGAACGCUGCUGUAUGACAUGUCGCCAUCUAUGCCGUCGGCUUACCACCUAUCAUUGUCUCCAUUUGAGCAGUUCAGGGAGCCGCUGCUCGUGAUAGGGCUUGGAGAUGCAUCCGAGUAUGCAUGGCUACAGCCGUCACAUGCGCCAGAUGAGAGCUCAGCCGAAACGUUUGACGAGCCUCCACCUGGCGAUGAAGACGCCAAUUCGAUUCUUUUUGGUAUAGAUGAUCUCCGAGAGCAAUUUCCUAGGACAUAUCUGCACCGUCUGAUAAUGUUCGAUUCUUCGUCCCAGUCUCGGCAUCCACGGUUGCCGGAAGAAACACUUCUAGUUCCUCCGAAAUCGCAACUCAAGACCACGACGAUGAAGACUCUGAUAUGCGAUCUCACUUCCACUUUGCUAGCAGAAAUGACAACGCUGGCCAAGUCUAUUCAAGCUCUUCCUACUUUGACAUCCCCAGCUUCCCAAAAUGGCGCAGCAGAGCUCACGCCGAGCUGGGCCACAUCCGACAUGUCGCAACUGGGCAGACGUAAUUCGCAAGUAUCAAACCCAAGUAGGCCCGUAACACCUGUAUCGAACAUCCAGAAAGAUACGCAACGCGCAUCAAUGCCCAUACUUCCGUCAAGCUCUGGAACUUCGUUGUCUACUGAAGACGGCCGGUCUGCUUCAGUCGGUUCACAAGGCGGAAGGACACCUGCUACUACUUUUGAUGAGAUUUCCGGAGUCAAUGCAGGCAGCACUCCGCAUCAACCACCAAACAACUCUGCAAAACCCAGUGCGCCCGCAAAGAAUACACUAGCUGACCGCGUCUCCCUCCAAGGGUUUGGAUCUGGCGGAGUAGGCGAAAGAGCCCGAAACAAAGGCCGUGGUCGCAUCAGCAUCGUGAUUGGUACCCUGUACAUGUGCGCUGGGCAAUGGACUGAGGCUGUACGAGAACUCACAGAGGGCGCAGCAAAAGCACGUGCCUUGAGCGACCAUUUAUGGCAUGCAAAAGCCCUCGAAAACAUCAUGAUACCCCAAGUUUGCUAUUCAGGGUCUGAUAGAUCGAACAACAAAUCACCAAACCACACACCAGGCAACAGCAGUCCAGAUGUUUCAGCAUCUGCUAAGCAGCAAAACCAUGACAAUUCAGUUGACAAUCUCAGUUUCCUGCUGCCAGAUCUGAUAACCAUGAUCUUGAAUCUGUAUACGCGGGCAUCCAACUUUGCGGGUGAAUCCCUACCACCACUCGCCUUUUCGGAAUGUAUCAUACGGUUCUCCAAGUUGUUGGCCGCUAUCAAUCUAUCAGCAGGGUACCUGGAUGACGAUGCAUUGCGGCAUCUUGUCCAAAACACACCCUACAAACAAAAGGCGCGCUUGUCCGUCCCAAGGCUCAACGUCCAUCCGACGCGGAAUGAUAUAGCUUCAAUGCUGUUCCGCGCAUUACCAGGCCCAGUCGAAGCGUCCGGAAUGAGUCCUACAGACCGCGUAGUGGUAAUGGCUGGUGUUGCUUCAGUUUUGUCAUCACUCGGAUUGCAGCGCAAGAAAGCCAUUGUGAUGAAAGAGUUCAUCACAUCUCUUAUUCCUGGUCUGAUUCAAGCCCGAAAGGUGGGGGCGGCUGAAAUGGGUGUCCAUCCUGCGGCUGGCCUUGCUGCUCUCAAUAUUGCAAGUGGCAGUCACUCGGGCGCGGGCGCCCUCAGUGUUGGAGAGGGAGAAGCUGAGCAUGGAAUUGACGCAUUCCUCGGGCUACUAGGCCGGAUAUAUGGCAUUCCCAAUUCGAAGGGAAUUACACCAGAUAUGAUCAUACCCACUCAAAAGAGAGACAACCAAGACAACGCACCGGAUAACAUUGCAAGCCAACGCGUGGUUGAUGAAAUUCUUGCCGUCUCCUCCAUGCGGGCCUUUGGGAGUCUCAGUCUCAAGCUAGAAGUCCUUCGAACAUGUUUAAGCUUUUGUGAAGCUUUGCCAGAUUUCGAUGGUGUUCUUCAUUUCACCGCCCUCUUGCUGAGGGUUGCGGGUCCUGGGACUGCGCCAAAGUCCAACAGCACCGACGUGUUUGUAUCUCUCCCACGAGACGAACAGAUACGGCUGUACUCGAACAUCUCAAGAACAGUCAGUGCAGCCAAGAAGCUUGGUCUUGAGCAUGUGGAAACAGAGUACUGGGAUGAUUUCCUCGUUCGUGGAUUAUUCAUCCUGGAUGAAACCGAGCCUCUUCGGUUGACCCAACGUCAAGGGACCGAGCUAAAGUCUGACACCAAAGGCCAAGACGGACCUUUUCUGUACAAUGCUUGGGUCAAGGAGCCACAGACGACGACUGCAAACACCAUUCUAGUUGCCAACGAAGAGUAUCGAUUGAUCAUUGCCUUGCAGAAUCCUUACGACUUUGAGCUUGGAGUGGAGUCGCUGAGAUUUGCUGCCGAGGGUGUCGAGUUUGUUGGUGUGGAACGACACUUCCUGCUCGGACCAUACAGGACGCAGAAGUUCCAGAUCACAGGGACAGCACGCUCGGCUGGUGAAUUGAAAAUUAUUGGCUGCUAUGUAAAACUGAUUGGAUGUCGGGAGCGGCUGUUUCCCAUUUUCCCUGAGCCAUGGAAGCCUGAAAGGGAGCCCAAAAUGAAGCAGCUAGGACUGAAGGCGUGCCUAGGAGCUCCAACAUCGAGGCCGCCAUCAUCCCUGGCCCCCAUUAUCGACCGCAAGGCGGCGUCCCAACCCAAGCCGGAAUCGCUCAAGUUCUCUGUAAUACCAGAUCAGCCCGUCAUUGUUAUAACUAACGUAUCCCUACCCCAAGCAGCAGUCAUGGUGCUCGAGGGUGAGAGGAAGCGGUUUACAAUUACCGUUAAAAAUACUUCAUCCACGACUGCCGUUGAUUUUGUUCACAUAUUCUUUCAGGAUACUGCAAUGGCCGCAAUACACGCAGCAACAUCAAACAAAGAUCUUCCGCUAGCCGAGCUACACGAGCUAGAGGUCCAGCUUGCGCAUUAUCCGUCACUGCGUUGGUGUCAAAGCCCAGACGAAGAGUCGCCGUGUAUCAAACCAGGCGCAGAGAUGGACUUUACGAUUGAAGUUGUUGGCCGGACCCGACUCACAGACGCCACUAUUCAGAUUGACUACGCCAAUCUUGGAAAGCGAAGAUCCGAAAUCGAAGAUCAGUUCUUCACUCGCCAGGUGUCUGCUCAUAUCUCCAUUACUGUGAAUGCAAGCGUUCAACUGCAGCGGCCAGAUCUAGUACCCCUCUCUGGUGACAUAUGUUGGGCUGCACCGACUCCAGAACCUGCAAAACCCAUAGUCUCCGGCAAAGCUGAUGCCCACCUCCGCUCCUUCAUAGAGCACAAGAAGACGCAAGGUCACGACGACGAAUACUGCAUGCUUCUGCUUGACCUUCGAAACUCCUGGCCAAACCCCCUAUCUGUCAAGUUGGAAGCACGACAUUCGACCAGCUCCGCCUCCGACGGCGAUCCCUGGAAAAAUGCCUUUGCUGUCAAUGAAAUCAUCCAACCCGGCCACGUCAGCCGUGUUGUCCUCAUCCUCCCAAGGGUGUACCUAAGCGCACCUCACGCAGCCGUGCCGUCGCUCAACCCCGCCAACCAACGCCAAUUCGUUGUCAGCACCAGCAAGAUCUCACCCGAAACUGAGCGCGCAAGCAGAGAAGCCUUCUGGUACCGGCAAUCGCUGCUUGACCUGAUUCGGGGGACGUGGACUGAAGAAGACGGGGCAGAAAACAGCCGCCGACACGGCACCCUCGAACUCCGUGGCAUACGGCUUUCGCCCCGCAUGGUCGAAGCCAUCAAGCUGGACGACCUGGCCAUUUCCAUGAGUCUAAGCCCAGAUCACCCAUUGAUGCCCGACCAAAAAGACCAAGAAGAAGAAGACACGCAAUCGGAGCCCGAAAUCGAGCAGCUGGGCCGCGCCAAAUUCGCCGUCAAAACAGACGCCUUCCUCACGCUCACAACAACACUGCACAACCGCAGUCCCCACGCUAUAUCCCCGCUUCUGCGGCUACAACCACACAUCUCGCAGCUCCCCCACGCGCUCGCACUCGACCUCGACAAGCGGCUCUCGUGGACGGGCGUGCUCCAGCGGAAACUGGCGCUGCUACACCCCGGUGCGACACUGACGUGUGAAUUGGGGCUUGUGCCGUUGUGCAGUGGCACGUACGAGGUGGGUGCUCUGGUUGAGGAAGCCGAGGUUGUGGGUGAGAUGAUGCGGGGGAGUGGUGGUGGUAGUAUUAGUAGUAGUGGUAGUGGCAGCGCGAGUGUUGGUGGCGAAGGGAGUGGUGGCGAGGCGGAGGCGGCGGAGAAGGAAAAAGAGAAGGACGAGACAGAGAGGGUGUUGCAGGGGGAUGUCCUGGGGGAGAGGAGGCUGAGGACAUGGGUGUUGAGGGAGCCGUGCGUUGUUGUUGCUAGAAGGUAGUGUUCGCGUAGCCAAGUGUAGUGUAGUGUAGUGUUUUGAG